AUGCACAUCGUGGAUGCUAAACUCCAGGACUUGCAUAACGAGCACGUCGCUGAAGUCCAGCGCGUGAAAGACGUUUAUCGUUUUGUCGCGGAAAUGCACGCAGAAUUGCGCGAGCUAGCUAACAACACCGCCAUCGCGCAUUAUAAUCUAACGAUCAUCGAUUACGGCAACCGUGUUAUUAAUCAGAUCGACAAUUUCAUCCGCGCAGGCGAGAAAUACAUCUUGAUAAUCGGCUCCGCGAUAAACGGCCGAUUCGAUCCUAGCGCGAUUUCCCGAUCUCAGCUCCUCGAUAUUGCACACGAGGCUCAAGCACAUGGGGGCGGAUUGGAAUUCCCGUACCCGGUUCCCUAUUUACGACCAGAAAAUCUAGUGCAUCUCGCGCGUACUGAUAUCCUGUCGCAAGAGUCACGGGUCAUCAUUAUCGUCCGUGUACCACUUUUGGACCACUCGGUAUAUGAUCUUUACCGAGUCAUGCCGUGGCCGGUGCCUCAACGCUUUCACAAUGGUAGUGGCUCCGCCAGCGUUGCCCCUUCUUCUCCUUACAUCGCUCUGGCUAGAGACCGCCGGACUUUCUUCCUCGCGGACGGAGAGUAUGUGACGCAAUGUAAGAUAAGCGGGGAACGCCGGCUUUUUUCUGGUGGUAUACCGGUGCUUGACGUCACCACGGACGUGUGUGAACUCCGAAUGCUCUUAAGUCCAUCUCGAGACGCGUUGCAUAUGUGUGACAUACGCCUACAUAAUAGCCCCCUCGAAUAUUGGAGCUAUUUACCCACUCACGGCGGAUGGCUAUUUUCCAUCACCAAUACCAUCAAGCUCCGCAUCGCAUGCCUACACGGCCCGACGCAAGAGAUCCCGAUGAGCGGGAUGGGAGUGCUGCAACUCGAAACGAACUGUGUGGGAACGACACCAACGACCACACUUUCGGGCCUACGUACAUACACCAGCAAGAAUAUAUAUUAUUACGAGCCGGGUAUUACGUUGAAUAUUUCAUCGGUCGCUCCCACACUGGAUCAGCACGGGGGCAUGGAAGCGGCUAUGCUGUCGCGCAAGGAAAACAUCGACGAGGGUGGAGCGGGCCUUCCACUCCACUCCAGAUAUUGGGCUUAG